CGCCUUUUUUCCUAACCCACGGCUGGGCUUCGAGGGCAGUAGAAGGCAAGGUUUAUUAGUUGGCUAGCUGGCUGUAUUUCAAUCUCCACACAUGUCUCCAUUUAAACCUCCCUCUCGUGAACCAUUUGGAUCUUCUUCUUCUUCUUCUUCUUCAUCCACCACCACCUUUUCCUUUGCUCCCACUCAGCUUUGACAGAGUAAUACUUUCAUGGCUGCCCUGUCCAUUUCUAUUGUAAAGCUCAGAUCUUGAGUUCCAGAACUCUGCUGGGGGGAAAAAGGGUUGGCAGAAAAACAAAAAAAGGAGACAUGGGUUCUCAGAUUUUGGUUGUUCUGUUGUGCGUCCUAAGCUGGAGCUUUGUUUCAGUGAGCUCACAAGGCCAAGGAGGGAAUAAUACGAAUAAUAAUGUCACUGGCGCUAGUAACAUUUCAUCUGUUGUUCAAGGAACUGUUGUGGUGGAUGGGGACAACACCAUUGGGAGAACUGAUGAAGAUUUCAUUUGUGCCACUUUGGAUUGGUGGCCUCCUGAGAAAUGUGACUAUGGGACCUGCGCUUGGGACCAUACUUCCCUCAUCAACCUUGAUCUCAAUAACCAAAUUCUGUUGAAGGCAAUACAAGCCUUUUCACCAUUGAAGAUCAGGUUGGGAGGGACGUUACAGGACAAAGUCAUAUACGACACACCAGACAACCACCAGCCUUGUGUUCAAUUCAUCAAGAACACAAGUGAGCUUUUCAGUUUCACUGAAGGCUGCUUGCCUAUGUACAGAUGGGAUGAAUUGAAUGCCUUCUUCAACAAAUCAGGGGCUAAGAUUAUAUUUGGACUGAAUGCUCUAAUGGGAAGGACUAUUCAGCCUGAUGGUUCUGCAGCUGGAGCUUGGAACUACUCAAAUGCUCAAUCUUUCAUUAACUACACAGUCAGACAUAACUACUCCAUUCAUGGGUGGGAGCUUGGAAAUGAGCUGAGUGGAAGUGGAGUGGGAACCAACGUUGCAGCAGAUCAGUAUGCUUCUGAUACAAUCUCCCUGCAUGACAUUGUGCAGAAUAUUUACAGUGGGAUUGAACCAAAGCCCUUGGUUAUCGCACCAGGAGGAUUCUACGACACCAAUUGGUUCCAAACUUUGAUCACGAAAGCAGGAAAUUCAGUGAAUGCCAUCUCCCACCACAUUUACAAUCUUGGUCCAGGAGUCGAUCCAAAUCUCGUGGAGAAGAUUCUUGACCCGAGUGUGCUUGACAAUGUGGUUGAGUCGUUUAGAGGCCUACAGAGCCUCCUCAGGAGCGCUGGAAGCUCGGCAACUGCAUGGGUUGGUGAGGCUGGUGGGGCUUAUAACAGCGGCCACAAUCUCGUCUCCAAUGCAUUUGUGUAUAGCUUUUGGUAUUUGGAUCAGCUUGCACUUGCGGCUUCACACGAUACAAAGACUUACUGCAGACAAUCUCUGAUAGGUGGUAACUACGGGCUCCUCAACACCACCACAUUCGUGCCUAAUCCUGACUAUUACAGUGCUCUUCUUUGGCAUCGAUUGAUGGGACGAAAAGCUUUGGCAACGAGCUUCUCUGGGUCGAACAAGUUACGAGUAUAUGCUCACUGCUCAAAGUACUCCAAACGAUUUACACUUCUACUGAUCAAUCUGGACAACAGCACAACAUUUGAAGUCAACGUAGGCGUCAACAGAACCUUCACCCAGCAGCAACAUAACAACCAGAAGUGGCACAAGCACCAUAGUCAUCAUAGGUCAUACAGUAGUACCAUUCGGCUUCCUCAUCGUUCAAAGAUUGGAAAAAUGAUGAGAGAAGAGUACCAUCUAACAGCGAAAGACGGGGAUUUGCAUAGCCAAACAAUGCUACUGAACGGGAAGAUUUUAAGUGUAGAUUCAAACGGGGACAUACCUUCGUUCGAGCCUUCCCGUGUAAACUCAUCGGAGUUGAUAUCAGUAGCUCCUCUUUCGAUUGUGUUUGCUCGUAUCCCGUAUAUUCUUCCUGCUUGCAGGUAGGUAGCUAGUAGCAUGGGAACUGGAAAUUUGGUUCCACUAGAGUGAUUGAUUAAGAAGACAAUAAGAGAGGGGAUAAAUCAUCCCUUCUUUAUGUUGAUUUUUAAUGAAGUGAAAAUAUAAGAGAAAG